CUGUCAUAUAAGACUGCACUACGCCUACACGUCUUCCUCACAGUCACAGCAAGUUGGUUGCAGUUUUUCUUUUAUCCAAUAGGCCUACGUUUUGGAAGUCAUUGUAUUGUAAUGCAGAUGCAGUCAUGUUUCUUAGAAGAGGAUAUGUCUUUUUGGUAAUACACUUUUUGCACUCCCCAGGUGUUUGGGCCCAUUUCUCUACAUCCUACACUCCGAGGAUGGUCUGUGCUUUGGCGGGCUCAUCUAUACAUGUGGACUGCACAUACACAUACCCUGGCCACCUUUAUGUGAAAGAAACAUUCUGGUAUCGAGGAUGUAGCAGUAAUGGAGAGAUGAAAGACCUGAGUCAAGACAAACAAUUUAAGGGUCGGAUCCAAUAUCUUGGAAAUAAAAAAAGCAACUGCAGCAUGAUGAUAAAGGAUCUGAAAGACAGUGACUCUGGUGAAUACUGCAUCAGGAUCAUAACAAAUGUAUUGUGGGAAAAAUGGUCGGGAACUCCUGGAGUUGAUCUCUCUGUUUCAGAGCUGCAGGUAUCUGUGGCCUCAGAUACAGUGACUGAGGGAGAGAGUGUGACACUGACCUGCAGCACCACCUGCAGUCUGAGCAACAACCCCACCUACAUCUGGUACAGGAACUCACAGCCUGUGAGUAACAACCAUGCAGUUGUCAACAACAUCCUGCUUCUCAAACCAGUCAGCAGUGAGGAUGCAGGCAACUACUCGUGUGUUGUGAAAGGAUACGAGGACCAUCCCUCGCUUGCAGUGCCACUCAGUGUCAGAUUUGCUCCAAAGAACACCAUGGCAUCAAUCAUUCCCUCAUCUGAAGUGUCGGAGGGAAGUUUUGUGAUUCUGACCUGCAGCAGCGAUGCCUACCCACCUGUGCAUGACUACACCUGGUACAGACAGAAUGGACUUGGAACAUUCAGCGUGGGUGCUGGGAAGACCAUACACUUCACUGUGGCUCUUGAAGAUGGUGGACAUUAUUUCUGUGAGGCGAAGAAUGAAGUUGGAUCUCAGAACUCUACGACAAUGGAAUUAACUUCAGCAGUGUCAUCCCAGUGGACCAAAGGGGAACUCGCAGCGAUUAUCAUUGUACCCAUCUUGGCACUCCUGGUUUUGGCAACUGUGGUCGUUACGUGCUGGUUGAGGAAGAAGGCGAUUGUAAAUGAGGACAGCGUGAUUAAAGCGGAUGUCAAGCAAUGCACUAGUAAUGUUUACUGCAGCACCGUAGCAACCAUCUCUGACCCUGCAUGCUUCAAGAUGACCCCUGGCCCCCAUGUCAGCGUUCAACAUGACGAACACUACCCCACCCUUCACUUCACUCCCAGCUGGCAAGAGGUAUCUCUGAGCAGCAGCAUAGCGAAGGAGCAUCAGUUCAAAUAGCCAUGGGAGGAGUGGCUCGACACCUUUUCCAAACAACAAUUAUAUCACUAGCAAAAAAAUGAGCACUAAUCACAAGCACGAGUGUGAAUGUUUAUUUGAAGUAUAUUUUAUUAAUGUGCAAGCAAAUGCUACAUGUACACCACCCGAGAGAAACACAUGAAGAGUAGUCAACCAAUUUUUAGUUUGUAUGCAUUUUUUAUAUAUUGAUACUGUAACAUCGGUGUGUUGGACUAGCACUAUUGGUUCCCACAAUGCAUUGCAGCUGGGGUUCGGGGGGGGGGGGGGGGGGGUUAUUGUGUGUGUCUUUUACCUUUGUUUACUGUUUAUGGAUGUGUUUUAGUGUAGCGUGUAUCCCUCUUUAGUUUUGCCUCUUGUGUGACCCUUCUUGCUCGAGUCAUUGCAAUACAUUUUCUGACACAAUGGGGGGCAACAUUUUAAUUUUAAAGCCUUUCAGUAGAACAUACUGUUUUUCACAAGUACAACAUAUGUCAUGUAGUAUUGUGUGAAGUAAGUGUGAAUCCUCUGUUUUUUUUAUUUUCUUUUUUCAUAUGCAUGUACACGAUAAACAUGCUUGAAUAAGUAUAUCAUGAUUAUAAACAUGCAAUUAAAGUAAAUGAGAUACAGUAUGCUUAACCCACCUUGGUCUCCAUAAAAACAUGCUUAUCAUUCUAUAUUCUCACAGACUAUGUCUGGCUCCAAAUAAUCAAAAUGAAAACAAAGAGGGAUCCAUUUGGGGACAGGAGUGGUCUUCGUCCUCGUCUUCGUGGACUCUCUCUCUCUCUAACGCCCGACGCAAAGCCGACAGGAAUGUGUCGCGGUUGUUCGGGAUGUUGUAGUGCAUGAGAUCCAUCAGCUUCUGGAAGUCCUCCGGCUGAUAGGCCAGGUUGCUAGUGACGUACGGCGAGUCUUCGGUGUUGACAUCCACGUCCCCUUGUAUCAGUUCCUCCGCCCCCUCGCGCCUGACACCUUAGCGCAACAACAAACAGGAAGUAUAGGGUUGAUGACAAUCUGAUUUUCACCGCAGGAUUAUUGAAGCAAAAAUAAUUAAAAAAUCAUCACAAUGUCUAUAAAACUUGAUACUAUAUAAUAUAUAAUAUCAUUAUAUUUUUUAUGUAUUAUUAAUAGUAAAAUUAAUGUAUAUUUGAUUACUUUGUGCUUUUUAACUAAUUUGGGAAAAUAAAUGACACUCUAAAUACGAGUGAAGUGGUGGUGAGUCUAUAACCACACACAAAAACAUUCAAAUGGAACAAUGGAUGACCGAAAAGAUGGAUAAUAAACAAGUUGCAUUAUUAGCAGCAUAUUUGUUUUAUCAAUAUGACAUUAAUUAUUGCAUUUAUAAACAUCACAAUAUUGACUGUUAAUGCCUGGAUUCUGUGACAGAUCCUGGCCCCUGGGAUAUGAAACGAUGAGCUGAAAUAAUCACAGGCAUGGCGUAUUGUGGAUAAUGAAAGAUGCUAAGGGCUUACAUAUGUGAAAACCAUAAAAUAGAAUGUAUAUUAAAUAUGGGCGUAUUGUGGAGAAUGAAAGAUGCUAAGGGCUUACAUAGGCUAU